AUGUCUGAGUUGGAAAUGCUGCCACAAGACCACAUUGAAUCAGAGUUGGUUCUUCGACAUCACUUGAAGGCUCUGAGGGAGAGCCUUCACCAGCAGCUGCAGGAGAUGGAGAGGCAGCAGGAGCAGGAACUGGCCAAGAGGAUUCAACUAAAUACAGCUCUCUCAACAACACAUGGCUGCAAAGAGGAGGCUCAGAGAUUUGCAGAACUAGGAAAGGUAUCAUCAACACCUGCAGAGAAUUCCAACCAAAGGAUAACGUCCGAUCAAACCAAUCCCACUGUUGUUUAUUCCUCAUGGAACUCUGCUGAUAAGUCCUCGAGAUUCACACGGGCUCGGACACAUUGUGAGCGGGCAGCAUUGGCGACGACGGGACCAAGCAAAGAAGAAGAGGCCCUGGCGGAGUGUGUGAAGAAGUUUAGUGCCUGUCCGGUUCCCAGCCACGUCUCCAGGCCCCUCUUCAAAGACAUGAUGGUGAAGAAGGAGAGGCAGAGGCAGCAGAGCCUUGAGCAACGAAAGAACUUCCUGCUUUCCAUGCAACAACCGUUCCAAUUUGAAGAAAGAGAGAAGGAGAAAAGAGUGAAGCUUAUGGCAAAGAUAAAUGUAGCAUCAGCAAUUGAAGAUGAUGGAGCGGGUUUUUUAAAGACGUCGCACAGAUCUAUAAAAGACUACAGAAAAGCAAACAGAGGCUGCUAUAAAGGCCCCAUACAAACAGUUACGUCAGCGUCUGAAGGACCCAGACUCCGCACGGCCGAUCGCACCCGCAGAGAGAGGGUAGGAUUCCUGGAUGAGAGCCCAAGCUUCCAACCAAAGAUCAUUCAUCAGGUCCCUGACUUCUGCAGACUACACAAAGCCUUACAGAAGGAGACCACGCAGACUAAAGAGACAACCAGAUGUCAGCCAUUCCAUCUCAGGACGUCUGCUCUCCCUGUGCGCCAGAGCAAGGGCAGCCCCCAACAGUCACAGGUAAACGACAAAGCGGACUACACACUGGCAAAGGCACAAAAGGGUCCUCCUCUGAGUCGGAGCAGGUCGUUGGGAGCGUUAGCCUCGCUGUCCACAGACACUCUGCCGGUGCACAUCACAGACGCAGUGAGGAGGCGCGCAGAGGCCAUCAGAAAAUCGGUGGAACUCCGAGAGAGCAAGAGCCAGGAGAGCGGCGAGUGGCUGAGGAGGUACCAGCAGAGAUCACAGGCCCUGCAGAAGACACUCACGCUGCAGGCCAAGCUGCUGGACCCGCACCGGAGCCUCAAGGAGGUGUAUAAUGAGAAGCUCCAGCAGCAUCGGGACGCGGAGCAGCGGAGGAUGAGAGACUACAGCACAGAGCUGCAGGGCAUGAGGGCACGGGUCAGGGAACGCCCGUAUCUGUUCCAGCAGCUCCAGCAGAAAUCCGCGAAGGCCAGUGCGGAGAAGACUUACAUAAACACGCUCAGAAGUGCGGGCUUAAAGGAGCAGUUUGUUGAAGAAAACGGUCUCGCAAGGUUGUCCUCCUCCGCCUCCAUAUCUGAGGCAAAUACAGACGCCAGCUGCGAGGACCAACUUAGCAGGGAAGAAAAUGGAGACGCCGGGGAGAAAAUUGAAGAUGUGAGAGAGGAGAGCGUGAACAACAAAGGGGACGAAAUGCCAUGA